AUGAGUGCAAGAGCCACGCGUAAGUCAGUCGACUGGCACUCAACAUGUCGCAAGCAGCAAGCGUGGAAAUCGACGUUCCGUUAUCCCGAAGCUGUUGGAGCUUUGAUACCUGCGCAGGCGACUGCGACGCGCCAGACCAUUGCGUAUGCUGUGGGGUACGUCUCGCGCUUCAUGGAGAAUCCGCAGCAAGAACAUUGGACGGCGGUAGCGGAUCUUUCGUUCCUUGCAAGGACCAAGUCGCGGGACUCCUUCCAGCCAAGCGACAAGAUCGACUUUCGUGGCACUCUCGGACGCGGACUGGGCCGGCGACCACGCUGA